AUGUCAACGAAAGAGGGGAAAGCCCUCGAUGAGAAGGAUAGACAUGGUCAAGAAAUUUCAUCCACAUCUAAUCAGAGAAAUGAGAAUGGCAAUGGUUCUGAAGAAGUUUGCUACACCAUCAUUAAUCACCGCCCCUAUAGAAGAUCAUCCUUAAGCUCCAAUGACGAUGGUUAUGAAAACGUUGACCCCAAUCCGAAGAGAGUGAGACAAUUUGGAGAUAGGUCAGAAACAGAAUAUGCCCUUCUCAGAACAACUUGUGUUGACACACCUUCUUCCUGCUCCCGAGAUCAUGAUUAUGAACUUGUGCUGCCUUACUAG